AUGGCCUUCCGAUUUCACGGUAUCCUCAACCACUCCCUCCGCACGCCUAUGCUCUUCGGCGCCGGCAUUGGCUUCUCAACUGCGCUCCUCCAAACCCUCCAGGCCCACCGCCGCCCUGUUCUCCUCGACUCCUCUCCAUCUUCAGUCAGCCCGAAGAACUGGUCUGUCUCGCAAUAUCAGAAUGAUGCCGUGGCGCCGGUGACGAAGAACGGAGGACUGAACCCUCGCGCGAUACGACAGAUGACGACGGGCAGUAUUAUAGGUCUCGGCGCAGGUCUCCUCGUAUCUACAUUCUCGAAGUCUCUCGUACUAGUCAUCGGACUCCUGGUCGCCGGGGUGCAAUUCGCCGAGUCGUACGGCAUCCAUCUCGUUCCAUACAAGAAGAUCCAGGGCUAUGUCAAGGGUGUGGACAUGCGGAGCGCUGUGCAGGACAACGUGUCGUUCAAGAUCAGUUUUGGCUUAAUGUUCGCAUUGAGCGCAUUUGCGCAACUAUGA